AUGUGCAAGCUCCUUGAAAAAGAUGCAAAGUUCAUAUUUGAUGAGAUGUGUCUCAAAGCUUUUGAGGAAUUGAAAGAAAAGCUGACCACGACACCUAUUAUUGUCACACACGAUUGGUCCCUUCCAUUUGAACUCAUGUGUGACGCUAGUGGUAUAACUAUUGGGGCGGUGCUUGGUCAACGGCAUAACAAAAUCCUUCACCAUGUCUACUAUGCAAGCAAUACACUUAAUGGCGCUCAAAUGAAUUACAUUGUGACUGAGCAAGAACUUCUUGCCAUUGUCUAUGCUUUUGAAAACUUUCGGGCUUAUUUGUUGGGGUCCAAAGUGAUAGUUUACACCGAUCAUGUUGCUCUUCGCUAUCUUAUGGUGAAGAAGGAUGCCAAACCAAGAUUGAUUCGGUGGGUCCAUUUGUUGCAAGAGUUUGACUUUGAAGUAAAGGACUGGAAAGGGACAGAAAAUCAAGUUGCGGAUCACCUAUCUAGGCUUGAAGAGGCAGGGAGACCAAAGAAGACCUUGAAAUCAAUGAUGCCUUUCCAGAUGAGCACAUAUUGGCAUUGUCUAGCACAUUCGCUCCUUCGUAAGCCGACGUCGCUAAGUUUUUGGUUAGUGAUCUCGUUCCUGAAGGAUUGGAAGUUUAUCAAAAAAAAGUUCUUGUGGGAGUGUAGGCAAUACUAUUGGGAGGAACCGUUUUUGUUCUGUAUUUGUGCCGAGAACAUUAUUCGGCGGUGUGUUCCGGAAGAUGAGGUAAUGCCAAUUCUCAAGGCAUGCCAUGACUCCCCGGUUGGGGGUCAUCAUGGAGGAAACCAGACGGCGCGAAAGUGCUUGAAUGUGGCUACUAUUGGCCACCGAUCUACCAAGAUGCAAAUCAAAUGGAAGCUAGAUGAUGUGUUGUGGGCAUAUCACACGGCAUUUAAGACUCCCAUUGGCACCUCAUCGUACCGGUUGGUUUUUGGUAAGGCGUGUCACUUGCCAGUGGAGCUUGAACACAAACCCAUAUGGGCAUUGAAAAAGUUGAAUCUUGACUGGGUUGAAGCUGCUAACCUGAGAAUGAUGCAACUUAAUGAGAUGGAAGAAUUCUACCUCCAUGCCUAUGAGAGUGCAACCAUGUAUAAGGAGAGAAUGAAGUUUGUCCAUGACAAGAAGAUCUUGAAGCGGGAAUUCAAAUCCGGUGACUUGGUCUUACUCUUCAACUCAAGACUUAAGCUAUUUCUGGGCAAACUCAAAUCCAAAUGGUCUGGCCCGUUCAAAGUUAUGAGUGUGUCCCCCUAUGGUGCUACUGAAUUGGAGUCGGAGGAUGGUACUCGAACUUUCAAAGUGAAUGGCCAACGAGUCAAGCAUUACCUCGGUAUCACAGGAGAAAGGCAUUUGAUAGAACAAUUUGCUCUAAAGGAUAGUCCAACACCAGCCCCCACCACUGAGUAG